AUGGCGUCUCAGGAAGAGUUGCAGGAAGUCAAGCUGACAGACAGCAUCAACUUUGAGGGUGGCGGACUGCUUCCCGGGACAUGGCCCGCUGACAGGUUUGCGAGGCUGCUGCUCAAGAAACAGGACGCACUCCUCAGCAGCGCCUGCCUGGAACCCUCGCCCACUUCUGUGACCUCUCCUUCUGGCAGCAUCGCCGCCUACCAUGAGCCAUCUCAGGUGGAGGAGUGUGUGCGGGGGCACAUGGCAUCGCUGGCAGGGGAGCUGCAGAAGAUCCUGCAGCAUGUGACCGAUGAGCUGGCGACAGAAGUGGACAAGCUGAGCACAAUGCUGCUGCGCGAGCUGCUGGACGUUAGCAAGAGGGCCGAGCAGGAGAAGACCCAGCGCUCCUGCGGCCAGAGGGCCACAAGGGAGGCACUGGAUGAGCUGGCAGCGCGCGUGGAGGAGCAGAGCCGCCAGCUGGAGCAGCAGAAUGACCAGCUGCAGGCGCUGCAGGGCCGGGUGGCUGACAUGGAGGCGCCGCUGAUAGUGCGCAUCUUCCGGGGCAUCUGGCGCUUGUUUUUCGGCAGUGGCGGCCGCAAGGGGUCCGGCGGGGUGACCGGCAGCGGCAGGGGAAAAGCAGACGCGGAGAGAAAGGCCGCCGCCAAAUCUGGCGCGGACGAGGAACCUCUGGCCGAGGAGCGUGCUGCCUUCAUGACCCCGGGGCAGCGGCGCGCCAGCCGCGAAGCCGACGCCGAAAUAUAA